AUGAGAGAAAGAUAUAUACUUGGCCAUGAAUCAGGUUUGUGUACAAAUGAAAUUUAUCCAACGAAAAUAAAAAAAAUAGUACACUUGACUUGACUGUCUUGAGUGGAAUUGUGGUCAAGGUGAAGCCCAUCAAUCGUUUGCCGCAUGAGUCGUGGGCCAACUUUUAGAAAGGCCUCUUUGUUUCCGUGGUUUCAUAAAUAAACACAACUUUUGUAUACAUAAAGAAGACACCACUUUCCACUCCAAUUAACUUCUAGCUAGUAUAGACUAUAGGACUAUGAUACGUAUAACUUAUGUUUUGCAGGGCAUAUAGUCGCCAUAUAAUACUUUCCUAAAUGAGCUGUAGAUUUUAGCUGGUUUGGAAUAAUUUGCCGCAUAUUUCACGAACAUGAAAACAAUAUCAAAAUCUGAGUGGGAGGCUUAUUAAUUAAGAAUAUAGGAUGCGUGACUCGUGUUCACGAAAUUAAUCCAAUAAAGCAUUUAACAAAGACGUCACGAACGAUCAGCCAUGUCAUCGCUCCGUGAACGAUUUGCCUUGGCACUUGCUAUGAAUUGCUGGAUAGCAUGUGCAAAGUUAUAUCUCUUGAGUAGUUCUACAGUGUUCUCCCUGGCCUUAUUUUAACUUUUGAUUUAACUCUAUAUAAUACAGCAGAAAGAAAAUGCAAAAUAAGAUUACACAAUGCAAAAAAUUCUGACUCUUUUUUUGAAAAAUUUUACUUAAAAAUAAAAUUUUACUUAAAAGUUUUACUUAAAAUUUCGAACAGCUCUCAUGAGUGCAUUAUUUUACUCAGGUUAAUUUGAGUAAAAAUACUUAGGGAUUUUUUACGCAGUCCAAUUACUGUUGGUUGAACUUAGAGAGAAACCUUAACUACAUGCAUAUAACCCAUAAUUUGGCAUAAUUGCUAUAACCGUGAGAUAUAACUCUGAGAUCACUGUCAUUAUAAAUGUGAAUUAUUAUAAAGACCUCAUAAACCUAAUGUAAAAUCUAUAAUAUAUAUAGUCUACGACCAUUGACCUCAUGAAAUGAUCUCAUGAUCAUCGUGAAAACCACCUAAAGGUGAUGAGGCUUUCGUCGUAAAAUAAAGUAUCUUAUCUUAUUGAUCUGGGGCCGGUUGCUGGGUUAGCUUAAUCCUCCUAGGGUUAACCUAAAAUUCAAAGCAAACUUCCUGACAGCUUGUCUAUAAAUUUGGAAACAUUUCUUCAGAGAUCAGUUGUCUGGAUCGAUAGGGGUUUACUUCUCUGAAGUUUUGAAACAAACAGACGUGCAGAAAUACAUAAACUAAAACAGCAUGUUAAAUUUUAACCCCGAGGGUUAGCGCUAUAAACCCGCCUUUGAACAACCGGCGGCCCCUGUAUAUACUAAGACAGUGGUCAGUGUUAACGAUAUCAUAAAAAUUGUUAUAAUAUCAUAUCUUAUGCAGCAGUUAAGUGUUUUUCAUGAUAUACGCGUGUGCACGCACGGCACAUUAAUUUAAACCAUACAGAUAACUAAAUUAAUUCUGUCCUUUUAUUCGGUUAGUUAUUUCAUAUAGAUAAAAUUUAAAAGGAUUCAAACUUAUGAACAUGACGUAUGAAAUUCAUGCACUCAACUGGAUAGCAACCUUUACUGUGCCCCAACGAAGCAACAGAUAUAAUCAAUCAAUAGGCAAACAUAAAGAUAAAAAAAAACUUCCACUAUAAUCUGAAACACGAUUUAAUUCUUCGUGCUUUAGUUCAAACAAUUUUUAAAAACAACUUACCACACAAACGUCAACAACUUUAGCUUUACUGCUUCAACGUAAUGAAAGACUGAUAAAUUUUGCUACCAUGGACAUUGCUUUUAUACACACCAACCUGUUAUGACGUAUAUCUCCGUUGAUAAAUCUAUAGAGUAAAAUCAGGAAACGUUUUGCGAUUAUUCGACCACCCACGUCAAUGUCAUAAAAAAUGUUGUUAAAUAGGUAUUUCAUCAAUCUUCCAUUCCAUGUAUUCGACCUGGAUUUUGCGGUCUAAGAUUCUUUUGCGAAGGCAAUUUUCAUAUAGGUUUUCAUCGAAAUUCCAAGUGGUUUUGCGGUUUUAGAUGCAUUUUUGUGCGGUAUAUUGCGGUUUCUAACAUGUCCCAACACCCCCUGCAAAUGAUGUAAUUAUAUCUUUAACCUAUUGCACCAUCUCGCUGGUCAUCAGAGACCUUACAAUGUAGGACGGCAAGGCAACAACAACGGCCAGAAUAAAAUCCUUCAAAUAAACGAUUGUAAAGAAAGUUUGUAAACUAUUAUUGAUCGUAUCAAUUUAAUACUGUUUGGUUAGUUUGAAAUAGUAAUGCAUGGUUGCACGCAUAUGUUCCAAUGUUCUAGAACAGUAAAUGGAGCAGCCUCCACAAAAGCGGAACUAGACUAGAGAUUGCGGUCAUCAACACACAGUAUGUCAGGCAUUCUAAUAAUUUGUCAUUGUACAAGUGUAGAACUGAUAAACGUUUCAAGAAUAGUUUGGCUUUCCAAGCACAAUCGGCAAUUGCUAAGUUUAAAUACAACAUUACUAAAUUGCUAAGGGAGCCGUAUUUUAGAUUAAUUGAAUCUUUUUAUAAUUAUAGUAAUAGUUAUUUAGUCAUAAAUUUGUAAUUCAUCUUGUAUGCGACAAUGUGUCAUUAAACAUCAAAUAAUAAUAAUAAUAUUAUAAUAAUAUACAUGUAAACGUUUAACGUUAUACAAAAGCGAUGCCAACAAAGACAUAUCAUUUAAAUUUUAUUGGUAUGUUCAUCCAUAUGAUUAAACGUUUUGGUUUCCUAUACGGAAAUUAGUUUCAAAGAUUUCCAGUACAUUAACAACGGUAAGGCCAAUGAAAAUUGAUAUCAUGUUUCUCGUCCACAAUUUUCAAAAAUUUGGAGCGGGAUUUUUUCAUUUUUCAUUAUUUUUUGUAUUUGAAUUCUGCUUGUCAAUAAUUUCCUUGACCCAGUAAAAACCCCAUAAAAAUCUGAAGUAUUAAAAAUUGGUGUAUAUAAAUUCAUUUUAAUUUAAUACGUCCUACACUACAGUCUACAGACUGCAGCAUAUUUCUACACAUACCAGGGCUGACAUGAAAAUAUGGCGAGUAAUAUCUUUAGAAAGAUACGAUUUGAGUUGUGCUUGCGGAAUGCAGCAAAAUCUGGAGAUGAAUAUGGUGUUUUUUAAGCCAAUUUUUCAAAAAUAAUGAAUAAUGAAAAAUUUUCGUGCGGCAGAUAAAUCCCAUGCGGGCGGGGACGAGAAACAUGAUAUCAAUUUCCAUUGGCCUAAAAGAUAAUUGGCCUAAUAUAAAAUUUGUCUGGAUUACAACAUGCCAUGCAUAUUUCACGAGAGGGAAAAUAAUUUUAGAUACUUUUUAAAACAGACGAAAUAUGCCAAUAGUAUCUUUCUAUGAUUUCGAUUUUUUGAUCGCGAUAAUUUUUUUAUUGCUAUUUUGAAUACUUAAUCAAUCAUUACGAUGGCGUUCCGAACACACGCCGAACAAUUUCCGGAAAUUGAAAUAACGUUAGGGACAUAGUUACUAGGAUCUCCUAAAUUGUUCAGCGCGUGUUCGGAACGCCAUCAUACGAACAUGCUCCGAACAAUUUCCGAAAUUUGAAAUAACGUUAGGGAUGUACAUAUAUAAUUUCCGGAAUUUGAAAUAACGUACGAUAUCUGAAAUAACGGUAUGUUAUAUUAUUGUAGGGAUGUAUAUACAAUUUCAAAUAUAACGUGCGUUAUUUCAAAUUUCGGAAAUUGUUCGGCGCGUGUUCGGAACGUCAUGGCAAUGAUAGAUUAAUUCAGUAUUCAAAAUGACAAAUCACGCGAUCAAAAAGUAUUAUUACAAGAAGUUAGUUCUGGCGUUCUCCCUUGGACCUUGACUAUGGUGAUUGCACUACUAGAGGAAGAAAUUGCUGAUUCUUGUCACAGAAAAGAGAGCAACAAAAACUAUUUAAAAACAUUAGCUACUAAAAUAGCUUUUUUUUCUUAUUCAAUUAUACGCCAAUGCUUCCAUAUCCAUAGUAUGAAAAUUGUAAUUAGUAUAUGAAAAUUAGAUUUCCCUACUAUUUUCAACGAAGAUCAAUACUACUACUUCCAUAGUAAGGAUUUUGAAAAAAAUAUUCCAGUUUAUGGGGCGGCGGGGAGAGGCUACCUCUCAAGUUAUAAUAUUGCAAAACUUGCAAUAACAAAGGACUCUGGGUUAGUGGUUAGAAAAUUAAUUAAGUUUGUCAAAACAUUCUUAUCAUGGAUCUGGAUAUCUGCCAUGUUUACUUUCAACACUUAGAAUUUCUCAGACGUCUUGACUGUAAUAUCACACCACAAAUUAAUAAGGCCAUAUGUCAACAGUAUAGCUAUAUUAUAUUUGCCACCUUGGAUUUUAACUGCAAAGCCAAAGAAUUAGCCUUAGCAUAAAUAGGAUUUAGGUUUUGCGGAAGUAUGCAGAAUUAUGGCUCAUGGGAGUUGCCCCGUUAGGAUAUCCAUAAAAUCCGUUUCAACCAGUGGUUUCAAGAAAGAAAAUCAAUUAUAUUGGUAAGGCAAUAAACGAAAUAUAUAGAGGCACAUAUUUGACUAUAUAGCUAGUAUAUAUGUGCCGUUGUAAAAUAAAUGAAGUUUCUUUCUCUCCGCUGUGUAAAUAUUUUCAUUCUUGUCAAUAUAAAAGUUGGUUUACACUAGCAAAAUCUCUGUGAUCACAGUAAAAAUUUUGCAGAGUUAAAUUCUAAGUUUUGAAGGCAGUUUGCGGGAACUGAGUCAGUCUUUAACAUGCUACAUGCUAGUGCAUGUUAAAGACUGACUCAGUUCCCGCAAACUGCCUUCAAAACUUAGAAUUUAACUCUGCAAAAUUUUUACUGUGAUCACAGAAAUUUUGAUAGAGUAAUUAACCAACUUUUAUCUUUGUGUAAGAAACCAUUGAUAAUAUUUCGUCUAUUCUAAAAAGUACCGAAAAUUAUACAACGAUCAGUGUGCCAGUGUAGGUAGUUCAUAGAUAUCUUAUGGUAGUUCCAAUAAAUAACAAGCUUUCGUUGGUAGGAUGCAACUACCUGAAAAAUAUAAAGCGAAAUUCGACGUUUCGAGCGAAGGCUCUACAUGUAUAUUUAGUUUAUUGCCUUUUUCAAGAUCCUUCUGAAGAUCACUUUGUGAGAAAGCUUCCUGAAAAUAAAUAUGAAUAAAAAAAAAGAAAAAAGGCCCUUCGAAAUGUCGAAUUUCGCUUUGUUGAUGGUAUUCCCUUUUUAAUUGCUGCGGAAGCGAAGAGCCGCGGUUGGGAGUUGCCCCGUUAGGAUAUCUAUAAAGGGGUCUCAACCAGUGGUUUGAGCAAAAAAGAUCAAUUAUAGGUAGGGCAAUAUCCUAAAUAUAUAUAAAGGCACUAUAUACAUGCAGUAUACAUAUAGUAGGAAAGUACAUUGUGCUGUAAAAUCGCAUGCGCGGGAAAUCGCAUACAUGCGGAUGGGAGGAGUUUCCCGCAUCCAACGCGCGUCCUUUAUAUCUCAAAAUAAAAAAGGACCCUUAGGUAGGCUUUGAAGGAAGUCUAAUUCAUAAUUGGCUUUUUAAAAUAACGUUGAAUAUAUUUAAUUUUUGCAUACCUAUAUAAAAACGAAUUGUGAAUCAUCCGAUCACUUGCUCAAUCAUACAUGAGAUGUUGAUAUAUAUAUAUAUAUAUAUAUAUAUAUAUAUAUAUAUAUAUAUAUAUAUAUAUAUAUAUAUAUAUAUAUAUAUAUAUAUAUAUAUAUAUAUAUAUAUAUAUAUAUAUAUAUAUAUAUAUAUAUGCAUGCCCGCGUGUUUAAAUCAGUGCAGUAACAUCUUCAUGAAUAAUAAUUCCCAUGGCCAUAUAUAGCUUGAUAAGAUAAUCAACAAAUUAAUCACUUUUCAACAAGAAAGCCCGCUAUUAAUACAUCCGUUUGAUAAAUUUUAUAAGGUAAAGACACUUCAAAUGCCAAUUAAUAGAGCAAAGUCUUUGACAGUAUUCAUGAAUGAUAAUAACACACUUUAAAUAAUAUAUUUAAAUUUUACAUAUAUUUAAAAACUUUCUCAAAAUGCUUACUAUGGAUAUUCGUUGGAAAUAGAAUGGAAAUCAAUUUACACAUACUAAUUAGUUCCUUAGUAUGGGUAUAGUAUGGAAAUAGUAAUAAUAAUAAUUUUAAUAUUUAUAUAGCGCAAAAUAACAUUGAAUAAUGGUAUGGAUAUAUACCAUGGGUUUAGUGAUGCAAGUGCAUGCAAAUUCCAUAUAGUAUGGAUUUCCCAUGAGUGAACAUUUAUAUAGAUUUUUUCAAACAAUUACAUAUAAAAUAUAGUCUUCACGUUGCUUGUUAGCAAUCACAAAAUGCUUAAAAUUAGACUUAGCUUAUCAGUUUACAGACACAAUAGCAGUCCGGGAGAGGUCCAAAUUGACAAGAAAUAUCGCUGCAAGUGGUAUCACGCGCUUAUCCAUAAUACAUGCAAUUUAAAACGAAUAUCGAGUCAUCGUGCCUUCGUUAUAAAGCUUUUCACGAUAAUUAUCAUAAUAUGUUAACAAAGGCUCAACAAGGAGUCGUGCAAUGUAUUUUCUGCAAAUUAAAAGGUUAAGGUAAAUUAUAAUCCUUGCGAAAUGCAAUUGAUGGCAUGCUGGAAUAAUCAGCGAUUUUUAUCAUCGAUUUUAAAAAGUUCACAAUUUUAUCUGCAUGGAUUUUACGAGAAGAAGGCGGGAGGUCAACGUAAAUGGCGGGAAAAAAAGUAUAUAUGGCGGGAAAAAAAGUAUAUGGCGGGAAAAAAACGUAUAUGGCGGGGGGAAAAAAACGUAUAUGGCGGGGGGAAAAACGUAUAUGGCGGGAAAAAAAGUAUAUGGCGGGAAAAAAAUGUAUAUGGCGGGAAAAAAAUGUAUAUUGUGGAAAGUGUUUUUAUUUCAAGGAGUUGAAAACGAUGACAGAAUAACAGUUUUGGAGUUGAUUCUUGAAAUGUACGUGUUGUUUUAACCCUUUUCAGGCAGUUUAUACACGAACUACGGCAGCUUAUUGUAAAACAAUAACCUACAUAAAUUGGACCUCCUCACUGGGCACAUCUUUUUCAGGCCGUUCAGACACAAGCCACGGUAUAGCUUAUUGUAUUUAAAACACUACCUAUACAAUGGACCCCCACGUUUGUGGUUUGGGAUAAGAUAAAACCUGUCAAAAAACGUACAGUACGAUAUGUUUAAUAAUAAUUAAAUACGCCUCCCCGUUGAGUUACGAUGUGCUAUAAACAAACUCUUACAACGCAGUGGCUUAUUGUUUUGUUGUUUUUGCCAAAAUAACACCAAAGGAUCUCACAUCAAAAAUAAUUUUUAGAACACAGUCAGUAUAUGCAAAAAAGCUAUAACAGUUAACACGCUCUGCUUCGAGGCAAGUCAGUGCGCAAACUAAACAGUAUUAAACGAUAUUUUAACAUGUAAUCUGGCAAUUAUAGAAGGUUUCUACAAGACAUAAUGGAGAACAAUUUAAGGGGCGCCCAAAAAAUAUGCCCGACCCAAAAAUAUUUUUUCGUUUUGUAUUUUCCGAAAUUCCGCCGACGGCUAUAGGGGGAGUAUACAAACCAAAAUAUUAUUGGGAGGUCCAGCACUUCCUCCCCCGUACGACUAUGAUUGAUAGAGCUAACUAGUUUACUUCAGAUUGGCGUGGGAAUUAUGCAUGGUGCGACCUGGGUCCUCCCCUAAGCCGAUAACUAAGUUUUCGUACGCCGUGGGCCCCGAUAACUAAGUUUUCGUACGCCGUUGGCCUACUAUACAUGGAGUUUCUUACCAUUUUUGAUGACAGAAUAAAACUUCACAGUGUCAGUGAUGUUAAUAUCAAAAUGGUUUGUUUCGUUAUUAAUUGAGGAUGUUUAAAUCAACGAAUUUUUAAAACUGUUCAUUCUUUGACACAAAGCUGGAGUAUGAAUAAUUACAUGAAUGAAAGUUUUAAAACUAUUAAUGCUAAAAUAUACAACAACAAAUGCUGCCGGCAUGCACGCACAGAAAAAUAUCAGUGUUGGACUAUACAAGGAAUUACAUUACACUCAAUAGUCAGUUGUAGUUUGGCCUGCAUGUGCUGGCCAUAUGUCAAGCAUGGAUUAUUCUAGUUUUUCUAUAUGUUUGUUUCCAUGGUAUCAAAACAAAUAUACAUUUCACAAUUCUGCAGGUGUUUUAUUUUCAAUUUUGCAAUGCCAAGUUGAACUGAACUAGUGUGUUGGUCAUGUUAGUAUUAUGUCAAUAACGGAACUAUAGUAAUGGCCUGUUACUACUAUUGAUAUAAGAAAAAAUAUAUCUAGAUCGAUCAAGUUUCACUGCUCACUAUCACUUUUAAGACAUAGUAUAUAACAUAUCGGCAGAAAUUUGAGAUAGAUAGGGAUCAGUCAACUACCUAAAAAAAUACAAGUAUAAAACGUCGACAUUUCAAAGUCAUGUGCGAGUUCACUCAUUUGUAUCCGUCAGAAACACAAAAUCGCCAACAAAAUUGCUAUAGUGAACCAAGCUUAUAAGUAGUUGACUACUAACUUCCCAACGAAGGGCCUUAAUUCGCUUGAAACGUCUUUUAAUACUUGUAUUUUUCAGGAAUAGUUGAAUCCUUAUCCAUCUCAAUUUUCUGGUUUGGUAUACAACAGACGUGUAACUUUUACAAAACUCAAAAGAUGACAAGAUAUUAAAUUAAACUUAUUUACAGAUAUACUUAAAAAUAUUACUCAUGUGUUACGAUACUAUAUUAUAGUUAGAGUAACUCGCGAACAUGAAGACCCGCAAUUUUCUAUUUUAUUCUAUUUUAUUCUUCUGAUAGCUACAUGCAUGUGAAGGAAUAUAUAUAGGUGAAUUCUAAAUGGACCCGCUUCAUCUGAACAUAUUCGUUCACAUCCAUCAGAAUUAAGACAAAAAUCGCACCUAUAUUUAUAAAACCGCAACAAAAAUUUCAAAUGUAAACAAGCCUUAAGAUCCAUCCACUCCAUUUCCUUAAAUAGUAAGGAUUUUGCUGAAAACCACAACUGAAUAUGCGCUUAUAAGUUGAAAACAAAUGUGCCGCUAAUUUCAAUUUCAUCUAUAUUAUAGAUGUGUUUAUAUUAAUUUGUCACAUGCAACAUCAUAUAUAUAUAUAUAUAUAUAUAUAUAUAUAUAUAUAUAUAUAUAUAUAUAUAUAUAUAUAUAUAUAUAUAUAUAUAUAUAUAUAUAUAUAUAUAUAUAUAUAUAUAUAAUAUAUAUAUAUAUAUAUAUAUAUAUAUAUAUAUAUAUAUAUAUAUUAUAUAUAUAUAGUCUAAUUCUAUGUUUUCUAAACCAUUGCACCAUUAAUCAUUAUUCAAGUGAUUCUCAUUCUUCUUUCUAGGUUAUAUAUUGCUUACAUCAGCAGCCAGGACCAAUAAGGCAAUAUAAAAUAACGAUAGAUAGCACUUUUCAAUUAAUUACGGCCAAUUAAUAAUAUAAUGGCGGUCAAAUUUUAAAAUGCUUAAAAGAAUAUCCUUUUUUGAAAUAGUGCUUGGUUUGCAAGUAUUUCUGGCCAUCCAUAAAUGGGAAUCCUUUGCUUCAAUUUCUUCAUCAAAAAUGCAUUGAUUUAAUACUGUUAAAAGUGCGUGAUAUCCAGCUAUGGGUAAAAGAAAACCUGCUUUAUAUAAGGUUAUGCUUUCACAUUUGUUCUUGGUCGCAUGAAUAUAUAAGCGAAUAUAAGAGAACUUAUGAAGUAGGUAUAAGUGAAGCUUGCACCUGACAGCUAAACAAUUAUGGGCUUACUGAGACCGCGCCUUUCUUUGGUUGCCAUCACGCGACUUGAUGUCUGAACUACUGACUGUAUAUACGAAGGGAGGUUUUAUAGUAUAUCUAAGCAUUUAUCCCAACCAUCCUGACAUCAUUCUCCAAAAAAUAUUUUCUAUAGAUAUGCAUGCAUUACAUAAGCUAGCUUUAUAAAAUCCGGUAAGCUUUUGUAAUUGUUUAAUUUCCCCACUUCCCUAUAUAAUUUCGAUAUACCAUUGUCUUUUUUAGCUUGGGGUUUACCAAACAGUGUGUUGCUAGGAGAACAAUUACUUGUAUUGCAUCAACAAUGAAAUAUUUGCUCAUGUCUAAGAGGGAAAUUGAUCUGUAACGCUUGGCGUGCCCGCUGUUACUAACAAUAAAGAUCAAUAAAUAAAACGUUGCGCUCUUGUGCGUGCUUAUAUUAUGUAAUGUAUCGUAUACAUCACGACAUUAAUGUUGACAUAACGCGACGUGCAGUUCAUUGUUGAGUAUUAUAAUUAUAAAGUGUAAAACUUCAUUUUGUCUAUACAACAGGAAAGAAAGGACAUAUUGUGAAAGUUAUAAAGAAUCAAAAGAAAUCUAUUGGCAGUGCCAACCAACUAUACAAAGACAAGGUUCCAGUGUACAGGUAUGCCGACAGAUUCUCAUUAAUUUUGUUGUUUUAAUUAUAGACUACACUGCAGUUGCAAACAAAACACAAACCGCAAAUACAGAGCAUUGACAUCGUUAAACCAAAGAUCCGAAAACGAUAUGUUUAAAUCAAAGCCAAAGAUAGGAAUUCAAACAAAAUUUUUAAUUUUGGCAUAUUUCCAAUUGCUUUUCUACGUUUUGAACAGACUCAGACGGUAUAUUUGGCCGUUGCAUGUAUUUAAACAACUUCAUGGAACUGGUUGUACGAAGGCUGGAUAAGCGCUAUCCAUCACAUCGGAUAGUGAUUUUUUCAACCUUUGUUUUAUGCCUAAAGCUGUGAAACUUCGGAUAGAAACCUCACAAGAAGUAUAAAAUACUUUAACUUAGAAAUACUAAACUUUAAUACGAGUUAUACCAGGCAACGGCUGAUUUAACAAAACUAAUUGUAAAGCCCAAUUUCCACUCAAGAAAAAUUUCCACACCCGACCAUGGACAGAAAGUUUUAGGAAAAUUUUCAACUUCAAAAUGUGUCUAUUCCUUAACCAAAUCUACGAAAUUAAUCAAUUAAUUUGGUUAGUUUUAUUGCAUCCUUCCUCCUUUACGACCGAGCCCGCUUUUACGUUUGCCAUAUAUAGAGCACCAUGCGAAUGCUUUUCAAAUCUAAUUAGCACAAUCAUCUGAUGAUUGCUUCAUCCUGUAUAACCUCUUUCUUUUCGUAAAAAAUCAACAACUCAUUUUUUACGCAAAAUAGUUCUAAACCAUUAUUCCUAGAAGUAACUAUGGGUCAUCCCCUAUAACAACAUUUUCGCCACAUUGCAUGAUUUCGCAUUUAUGGACCCAUAACAAUAGAUCUUAUAUAAGUGCUUACGUUGCGCAUUUUUAAUACAGAAAACUUCUAGAAUGCACUGGAAAAAAUUUUGAAUAUCCAUAGAAGGUCAUAGAAUGGAAAUUGUAUGGACCUUUAUUGGAAAUAGAAUGGAUUUUGGUUAUCCAUAAUAAUUAUAUAUUUCCAUAGUGUGGAUAUUGUAUGGAAAUAGGAUGGAUAUACUAUGGAUUUAGUGUACCCUGGAUUCCAGAGCCUUCAGUAAAUAAUAAAUUGAAACGUCGUGAAGGCUCUGGUUCAACGGGAGGAUUCUUUGAUUAAACCACGCCAAUCACAAAACAGAAUUAGUGGUUUUAGUACAGAAUCUCAUGUACUAAAACCACUAAUUCUGUUUUGUGAUUGGCGUGGUUUAAUCAAAGAAUCCUCCCGUUGAACCAGAGCCUUCACGACGUUUUAAUUUAUUAUUUACUGAAGGCUCUGGAAUCCAGGGUAGAUUUAGUGGUGAAACUGCAAAUUUCGUAGUAUGGAUUUCACUUUUUUUUCCAGUGAUGUAUGCAUACGUUUGGGUCAACAAGUCGUUUUUCAAACAACACGUGACGUAAGCACUUCUAGACGCUGCUUUCGAGUUAAGUCAUACGUGCGUGAUGCACGGCUAUACUUUAAACUCCAUUUAAAAGUUUCUAUGAAAACCAAAAUGAAUAAAAGCACAGCAUAUAGUUUUGUGUUUGAUUUAAAGUGUACUUGUUGAGGUAAUUAGUAGUUAUAUAAAAUUUAGAAAAAUUUAAACUUUUCCAUGUAUAAAGAAACCCCGCUCAACUGGUCUUGCAAUUCAAUUUUUUUUAUUGCACAUCUUCUCCAGAAAAAAAUUUACAAUAAUACUGAUAUGAAAUUACAAAAAAAAUUAUACACAUGGUAUUCUCAAAAAGUAGAUAUAAUAAAGAAAUCAUGCGCAGUGAUCAAAGGAGUAAAGCUCAGUUUCGAGUCGAUCAUGACACUGGAAAAAAUUUUGAAAAUCCAUAGAAGGUCUUAGAAUGGAAAUUGUAUAUUUGUAUGGACCUUUAUUGGAAAUAGAAUGGAUUUUGAUUACCAUAAUAAUUGUAUAUUUUCAUAAUAUGGAUACAGUAUGGAAAUAAGAUGGAUAUACUAUGGAUUUCGUGGUGCAAUUGCAAAUUUCGUAGUAUGGAUUUCAUUUUUUCCCCCCAGUGUCAUACACUGAUAUACACUGUCAUACACUGCAUGCAUGAUGCAUAAUAAGGUCCAUUAACUAGAGGCUCCAGCUAUAUCUAAUAUUUAUGAAGUUAGUGUUGCCCUUGUUUCUCUAAACCAUUCUCGAUACAAGAAAGUAGAUUUUAAUCGCGCAACAUGAACUCAGUAAAUGGAAUCAGUAUAUAACAAAACAUAUGCUGGAAACAACAUUUUUAUAUUCUAUCCCGCGCGCGCAUACGCACUUUUACAGCUUGAUGCGUUUCCGGAAGGGAAACCCGUGCAUCAUUUCCUUUCUUCUGUGAGCGAGAAGAUAGCGACGAAGAAGAAUUUGGAAUGUUCGUUAUCGUUACGAACUGGCCGAGGGAAAAGAUUGCGUUUGCCCUGCUUCAAGCGCAAAACAUUUGCAUACGUGGCAGUCGACAUUGAACUUUCAGAAUGGAAGUACCACUGACAUUGAACUUUCAGAAUGGAAGUACCACUGACAUUGAACUUUCAGAAUGGAAGUACCACUGACAUUGAACUUUCAGAAUGGAAGUACCACUGACAUUGAACUUUCAGAAUGGAACUCGAUCUACUAUUGUUUAAUUUGAAUUCAAAAAAUGCAAAUUGUUUAUGUAAUUUUUUUUUUCAUCAUUUUGUAUAGCACGUAAGGCUUUCUUUUAAUAAAUUGUAUUUAUAUUUAACAGCUAUAGGACAUACCACAAGUACGCGGCGAAUUGUCGCACUCUGCCAAGGCAGAUCAUAUAAAAUAUUAAUCAUCUGUAAGUAUAUGUAUAUAAAUGCAAAUAAUAAACACUGCAUGUCAGCAUAAUAUUUCAAAGCUAUUGUAUGCUAAGUGCUACAUAUAGAUGUCAUAUGACAGUCAGCGGGUUUAGAGGUACUUUCCCUUCAUUAAAAUUUCCCUAAUUCCUAAAAUGACAACACUAGCCGCGUUGCUCACCGUUUUAUAUAGAAAGAUAUAUUCAAGGUCAGCACUAGAUUAAUAUAUUAAUGAAAGAAAGUUCAAACUCACAAAAGCGAAAAUCUAAGCGGAUUCAUAUGCAUACACUUUGCCUUUGGCUUUAAUUUGUUCUAGACUUUUCCAAUUGAAAUUUGUAAACAUUGGGCUUUUAUGUUCCUUUCUUCGUCGAGUUUCAUUCAUGACAUGCAUGUUAUACAGUAAAUUUUAAUUGUAGAACGGUUAAACUUAAGGCCUGUUUUAUACGUAGAAUUUCGCUCGCGUCGAAUGCAAUUCAAACCGAAUAUAGAUAUGAAGCUUAAUGAGGUUUAUCAUCUCAUCAUCUAUUGUCUUAAUUGCAUUCUACGCGACCAAAAUUCGACGUAUAAAUUUUGAGUGUGAAUUUUAUACGUUUAUUAUACCUAUAACCAGGAGUUGGGAAAAAAUGCAACUAUAUAGGCCCAUCUAUGUACUAUUGACCUUUCUAUACAAUUAGUUAUAUCGAGUGUCAGUGAUGCCCAAAUUAAUCCGCCUUACAGUAUAUAUUCAGAAUGCUCUUUGUAUAGUAACCAUAGGCUUGCUUUCGAGACCUUCUGAUCUAGUAUUACGUCUUUCCAAAACUCAAAACUAAAUAAUCAAUAUCUCAAAACGACGGUUGGUAUGUAGAAUUUAUAGUAGCUUGAUUUUCAAACGAUCGUCCGUUUUAAUAGAAGGAUUAGAGAGAUGCCACCCAAAAAUAAAUCCUAUAAGGCUAUGUAGAUAUUAUAUGCAGUAUUAUAAGAUUACCAUUCUUGUAAAAACCAAAGUAAAUCGAUUUAAACCCACUGAACUGAGGUCAAGGGGCAAAGAAGAAUGCAUGUAGCUAUAAUCACAGUUAAUAGUGUGCUAUAAUAUAUAUACAAUAUAUAUAUAUAUAUAUAUAUAUAUAUAUAUAUAUAUAUAUAUAUAUAUAUAUAUAUAUAUAUAUAUAUAUAUAUAUAUAUAUAUAUAUAUAUAUAUAUAUAUACCAAAUAUGUAUUUAGAAUCAUAUAUGAGUAGAGUGUCCGAUAUACCGAAGUAUAGAGCUAAUAUAGAUAAAGAUAAAAUAAACCUGGUUUACUUCAUAAGAUUUAUUCACUAAAUAAACUAAGUAAACUAACUAAGUAAACCAUGAGGUUUAUUUUAUCUUUAUCUAUAUAUAUAUAUAUAUAUAUAGCCUAUGAAUUGAAUAAAUUGUUAAUUAAGUGGAUCGAUGACGAUGGAUUGACGCGUUUGCCGAUCACAAAACUACUGUAACGUUUUGUAUUAUUUUCUUUCGAUUUCAAGAAAACUUGGCAAUGUCAGAUCGUCAGAUUAACAUUAACACUGAAAUGUUUUCCUGCUACCGUUUAAGCACGCAGCUUAACCAAUCAAGCGCAUGGGAAGAUGCAGUUUAUCAGCACUUGAUGGGCGAUUAACGCUCAUUAAAAACAACAAACGACAAAGCAUGUCUUUCAGGGAAAGCAUCUGUUUUUACUCAAAUCGGUCUUCUAAACUCAGGAAGCGGAAAUAUAUAAGGAGUUUUUAUCCACUCGGAAAACUUUUUUGCCUUUUGGUAAAAACAAGCAUUACUAUUCUUGUGUGUGAAACUUUCACUGUUUAGUAUCAAUUGCAUUUGACAAGUUUCAAUUUGAUCAGCCAAUGAGAUUUAACUAGCUACACGUUGAUUGGUUCAGUUGAAUUGAAACAUUUAAAUGCUCGUUAGAUACAAACAUGUUAUUAUUUAGUACUGCGACGAAUUUUUGCUGCAACGCAAUUUCUGACAUAGAGCCAUGUUAUCUAAAAACUAGUCGCAGGAACUCGCAUGCUUUACUCUGCCGACAUUUUUUCAUUAUGUAAAAACAGUGUCGUCAGGGUCAAUCAUGCAUGGGACAUGCUCACAAUUUCUCUGUAUAUGUGACUAUUUUUACAUAUGCAUGGCUCUGUAUCCGAAAUUGUGCGUGUUGCAAGUUCCAGGAAAAACUGCCUCCUGUAACAUUGCUAUUAGAUUCCAAAAUAGAACCAAAGUUGUCUUUAUAGUUCAGGAAUCAGGAUGGGCCUUUCCUCGAGAAGUCAUUUUCGACACUCCUUCUUCUCGAAAUUGAAAUGAGACUUGAAUUUCCUGCUGAAGAAAAUUUCCAUUGCGCCUAACAAAGGGGACAAGGUCACAUCGAAGACAGGGUCACGACGUAUAGAUAUUCGUGUCAAAAUAUAGACCUCAUUAUUCACGGAUGCUGUUGAGCCGUAUUUAAAUUGUCACAUUAACGUAAACAAAAUGUCGCCAGCCAAUAGGAAACAUUUAGGCUUGUUUAAAUAGCAAAGACGACAUAUAAAACUAAAGAACCCAUACAGGGUCACGCAAUUUAAGAUAAGAGGCGGUCAUUCACGGACAAGGAGGCGGAGAAGUAUCAUUGUUGAACUGUGUGCUGCACAUAAUUGGUAUAAACUAAAGGUAUACAUAUUGAUAUACACAUUGUUAUUUCAUUGUUUAUAUGUAACCCGGAUUAUAUCGUUUGUAAAUCUGAUAAUGGACAUUCGGUAGCGGUCUCAAAAGACGAAUUAUCGAUCGAAGUUAAUUUUGAAUGCGUCAUGGGGUCAAGGUCUAUAUAUGUAAACCGGUUAAAUGUUACAAUGUUUAGGGUUAUAUAUGGGUUAAUAUGGCAUAUUUUAGGGCAAUAUUCUUAGUUGUUUAGUGUUUUGGUUUUGUUAACGAGCGAUAUUACUAUCUACAAUGUACAGAAGGCGUCUAUAUUUCUGGUCAUUGGAAGCAUAUAUAUAUAUAUAUAUAUUCUUCCUAGACGGUGAACUCAUGCAGUUCCAGUCGCUCUGCUUUUAGUUAUACAAUAUAUGCCGGUUAAGUGUAUGUUGUCAAGCUGUCGCUUGUAUAUUAUUUACUCGUUGUACACUCUAUUGAAUAUGUUGCGUUUGUUGUCGAAUUCUGCAUGCCUGAAGACACGUUUUCGCGACUCAAUGUUAUUUUAAGCCAAUUUCAGGUUUCACAAUAUAAGUGUUAAUGAUGAAUAAUGAUGAAUAGUAUUAGUUGCAUGGAAGUUCAUGAGAUGACGUUUUAUCAUGUAACAUUUAUGUGGAUCUAAGGCUGUAAUUUGCGCAUUCAGAGAUCGCGCUGAGAUAUAGAGUGUGUGUAAACGUAUGCUGAAAAUGAUAAUAUGAUAUUUAGUCUUUCAGAAGAUAUUGAGCAAUACGCAAUUAUAAUAUCUUGUGUCGAAAUAAACCCAAACUGUCUAGGUUUAUUCAACCGAUAACCACCAUGCAUGGUUUUGUCUUAGAAUGUCGCAAAUGCAGACUAUACCAAAUAGUGUUGAAGGUCCAAGCUCUCAUUCCUAGAAAUGUAUGUAUUAACAGGUUCUUGCCAGUAAUAACUAUGUGUAUUAGUGUAUUGAAUUGUGAUCUUUGUUCAUGUUUUUAACAGCAAUGUACUAUUGCUUAUAGAGAAAUACGUCAUAUUUUUUAUAACAUAAUGCUUUAUCAGCAAAGAACUAUCAAUAUAAUUGUUCUUGUAAUCGAUAAUUUACACGCUUCAAAAUUGCUAACAUAUAUGCAUAGAUAUAUCAUCGAUACCACAGUUUUAAUUGUAUCACGGUGAGAGCUCCUGACAGCUCUCUGUUUGGCCUUAAAAUGAUCUUCUCUAAAUGCCAAUGCCAUGGGGUCAACACGAUGACAAAUAAGCCAUAAUUUAUAGUCACCCCUUGGGUUGCAGGCACGAGGCGAGUGUGCCUAACGCGUGCAUCGCUGCGUUGUAUGUUUUUUUUAAUUUUUAGGUGGCCUUAUUAUAGGUCUUCAUAUAAUGCCUUAAAUUGUACAAAAAUGUUUAAAAAAAACAAGCCGGAUAACCAUUUGUGCUGUAGUGAGGCGUUAUUACGGAUUAUUUGUUUGCGUGACAUACUGUUUCAUUAUUAUUUCGCUUUGGCUAACCUAUUUGAGAAAAUUCAAACCCAGCAUAGACUACAGGGCGCCUAAUGUUUUCGCUAACACAAUAACAUUGUAGUGCAAUGACGUUCAUCUCAAGCUGAGCUAUCGCCAGUUCGUAUGGCGCCUUUUUGUAAUUUUCUCGGGUUUGUUCGACCAAAAACAAUUUCCUUUGACCGACUUUUGUCAAAGAAAAACACAUUUCGUGCAAUUUUUACAGCGUCUUUUUUUUUGCCAACGAAGUUUUAUUUUUGGCGGGAAAAUUCCCGCCAAAACGGUUUUGACGUCAUCGUAGUAAAAAUUGAACUUAAUUGAAAUAAACAGGGCUCUAAGCUCAUAUCGUGUAGUUAUCGCAGUUAGAUAGAUGACUGCUGUCUUUGUAGGAGACUAUUUCGUUAGUUUUGUUUGUAUUUGAUAUGCCAAGUUCAGUAUAAAACGUAUUUUUAAUUAUGAUGCGCUGAAACGAAGCUGCCCGGGCAUGUCUGAUAAUAUUUCAAUUUAAUUGCGCUGUUAUCAAGUAACAAUAUAGGCUAAUGUAAACCAGAUAGCAUAUACGAUAGUUUAUAUACCAAAGCGUAACAGUUAAGAAUUUUGUGAUUAUUUCAUUGUUUUUUACAAGAUUACGGGUAUUUGGGGUCGUAUUAAACUUAUUCAGCCACAUUUUUUUAACCCAAAACCAAAUAACGUUUGAACAUCUGUUCAAGGGAGACCAUAAGUCUAGCAGUACUUAAAGUCAUUUCGCUUGAAAAUUAAGCUACAAUUGUGUUUUUACGAGCUUCUGUUUGAUAUUGAUGUAAUAAUUACAGUAGGCGGAGUUAUGAAUUAUAAUCGUAUUGUGUUUGGACUAGAAUUAAAACUGUAAAAUCCCCCAAAGCGCCACAGGAGUUGUGUCAGUCACAGGUUAUUAAAAAUAUUAUAUAAUAACGAGUCAGUCAUAUUUGUAAGUCAGUUUAUGUUUUGGUUUUUGUGGUGAGGGACUUCUACGUGUUCUAAUCCUAUUUCAAGUCGAAGGUCAGUGGAAGCGAAGCAAUAUAACAACUAUAUCAGUAAGCUAUAUAAAUAUAUAUAUAUAUAUAUACCUCAUAUUUGUUACAUGCAAACCUGCCGGUGAGGCCUAACAAAAAGUAACAAUUUCAGGCAGUUGGUUUUUGUGGUAUAAGUGCAACAAAGUGCUGUAAAGGCUGCAGGUUAAUCAAAGUUUCUGUGAUCACAGUAGGCAUUUUGCAUGGGUAAAUUCUACGUUUUGAUGGAUUUGUAAGAAAUGUUUGAAGGAACUGACUAAGUAUUUAAAAGCUUAACAGUUCCCUUAAAUUUUUUUUAGAAAUCCUUCAAAACUUUACCAAUGCAAAAUUCCUACUGUGAUCACAGAAAUGUUGAUGGUCUAAACCAGGCUUAAUCUUAUUCACUCAAGUCAAUAGAAACAAAGAAAUAUAUAAAUAUCUAUAAUUUAUCAUAUUUGUAUUUGUUACAUUCGGUUUAAGGAAGGGUGUGACGGAAUAUUUUUUUUCCUUUUUGUUUGUCACGACUUUAUCUUUGCCAAAAAUUGAAUUCCUGAAGGGAUUUACGUAUGCAAAUAUUAUAUUUUGUAUCACUCCGUUAUAGGGAGGCUUAGAUCUUAAUCUUUUGCAAAUUACAAGCAGAUUGUGUAUAUGCACGCAACUGUAAUUCCACCGGUAGCUCUUUUUUUUAAUAAGAGUUCUAUUUUGUCGUUUUGAGGUUUUGAUUGUUUUUUUUUUAAAGUCAAAUCAAAACACGCUGGUGUUGAAGCACAUGAACGGGUUUCUUUUCAGCCUUGCAAAACAUCGUUGUUUAGAUAUGUUAAAGUAUACGAAUCGUCAUCCACUUUAAAAAUUAGCAUAUAUCCCUGCCAUAUUUUGAGACUGUAUCAUAUGGUGUUAACAUAUACUUGAGAGGUGCAUAUAGUUCUCUCGCGCAAACUCCGGACAAAAACAAAAUGGCUUCCCGUGUCGUUCCGGUUUUACAUGAGACAAGCAAUUUUUUGUGCUAAACGGAGCAGCGGUUUCGUCAAACACCAAGAAAGCCACGUACAGCGUGUAAAGGUAUUCUUCAGACUAUUUCUAAUGAAUAUAAUUGCCUGUAAAUACUGUCGAGAAUACUGUUUUGUUUGCAACUAUUACGUUAUUUACGGGAGUUGAAAUACAAAUUGUUUUAAAAAUAUUUUUUGUUGUUUUUUUGUCAUGUUUAUAUCAGCUAAAACAAGUCAUCGCGUUUCGGUGAAUAUUCUUGCAUUCUUAAACUCCACUUCGGUGAAUGAUUGUUAAUUGUCUUAAUAUUGGCUUUCGCUGUGGAAAUCUUUCGCAAUUUCACACAAAUUAUAUACUCAACAAAAUAUAGCUUUGUCAUGGAAUUUUACAUUCCUCGAACGGAUGAUUAUAUCUUUUAAAAACAGAUUAUGAUCUCCGUUGCUUGAAAUUAAUCAUGAUAUAAUCGGUUUUGAGGCGGGAUUCCCAUUAUCUGCAUGUGAUACAAUACAAUCUACAUGUUUGUGUUUAAUUUACAAACGGCAUGAAUCUUGUUUUUAUCAUACGACUUUGAAAAGAAAAAGAUAAUCUUUUCCGUGAGUUGGUCGAAUUAAUUGCGUGAUAAUAGUUUGGGGGCGGGAAUCUCAUUAUACCUAAACUAUUGUAAAACAUCGUGUUUUUGUUUGGCUGCCAAACUAUUCUUAUCUUGUUAGUUCGCUUUCAAAAGUGACAUGUAUCUUUUCAUUUAAACGACUAAUAACCUUAAAUAGAUCUGUUAGUAAUAUUCAGAUCUAAGUCUCCCUCGCAUAUCUUUAAUAUUCUGCAUGCAUGUCUACCCCCAGUGUCUACCCACAUAGACAUAGUAAUUCACGCAUCAUGCACUUACCAAUAUUUCAGGAUUAUUCGACCAAGCUUCGUCAUAUGUGUUUAUAGUAGCUUGUUAUGACACCGGGGGUUUCUGUCUUUUGCCCUUUCACCAGUGUACACGUCUGAAGUGAAGAAGGAUAAAAAUGAUUUCAGAUUCUGCAUGAACUUUGCAUAUACAGACUAAAAGAGGUCUUCUAGUUUCUAUUUUUUUAACAAGGCUUAUUUUGCUGUAGGGGCACCAGCACAAAGGUCAAAGCCAAAAAUUAUGCAUGGCAACAAGGAAAUAGGUCUGUGAGUGGUUCAAGUACUGAAAAACGAAUUGUCAUGCACAGCAUAAUAACUUUUUUACUAUUUCAUAACCAACAUAAUGUCAACUAACACAUUUGUUAAAAAAAGUCAUUUUCCGUAUGCGUAUAACGUUUCGUUUUUACUUGAACCACUCAUAAACGUUGGAAGAUUAUUAAGGAAACAAAGGGGACAUUUCCAAGAGAGCACGGGACACAGACACCUUCCUGGGAGACGAAAGAGAAUUAUAGUACAAGUGUUGAAGUGCAGCAUUGCCUUUCAUCACUAAAGUCGUUUCAUAAAUCUACCAAAAAUCUACCAAAUUCCGCACGUUUUUCCGCCUUCUAUAUAUAGCAAUACCAGACCAGUAAUGUAUGCGUGGUAAUGUCGCUGGACCCCUACCGAGAAUGACGCUACCAUCCAGUAUAUAUAAAUAAGACUUUUAAAUUUUGUUUAUAAGAUUCCUCGCAAUAUCACGUCUGUGCCUUUUGAGCGUUGGCGUCACUACAGUUAUAAAUAUCCAACUUAAAAAUUGAUUCUCUUUCAUUUCAGGUCAGGCGGUUUGUCACAAACACUUCUGAAGAAAAAGAGAACACGCACUACUGCGCAAACAGAGAUUUGUUGA